GCCGCUUUCAAGAAAGUUUUGGAGCAUGUAUAUUCCUGUCAGAAUAUUUGCACUCAGCUGGACUCUGGAGUUAGUGGAAAGAGUGACAGGGCACAUAUGAUGCUGCUCCUCUACGAGUUUGAGGCCUUGGCUAAACUUGGAAGGGUCUCGGAACUAGAUCAAAUUUUGAAGAAAGUUCUGUCAUCAUCCGCCUAUGACGUCAAGACGAUCCAAACACUGGCAGAUCUUGCAAUGGAGCCUCCAGCCAAUCACAAACAGUUGAGUAAGAGACUCCUUCAUGCUGCUAUUAACAAACACAUGAGCUCAAAUGAUAUCGAUAUCAAAACAUGCAGUAAAACCCUUCAAAAUGCUAUCAGACUGUGUUUAGGAGAGGGUCACAGUCCUGAUACAACAGGCAGAGAAGAGGCAUGGCAUCUCUAUCAAGUGGCAAUCAAGCUAUUGCAAUCAGAAAAGAAAGACUCUUAUCCAGAAGUAGACAUUGUUUGGUUGAUGACAAAAGCAUGGAACACAGGAAUUUAUUCCUUCAGGUUGAGAACUUACCAGGUAGAUGAGCUCUUUCGACUCAUCUCUUGA